AUGGAAAGACGGAGCAACAGGUCGGCCGAGACCGGUUUCGACUUCGUUCUGCUGGGGCUGUUCCGCCACGCCAGAGCCCCCGCGCUUCUCUUCACGCUCAUCUUCCUGGUUUUCCUCGUGGCUCUGGCCGGCAAUCUUAUGAUGACGAUUCUAAUUUGGCUGGACUCUCGCCUGCACACGCCGAUGUACAUCCUUCUGAGCCAGCUGUCCUUAAUGGACCUGUCGUACAUUUCCACUUUCGUACCCAAGAUAGCCAUUGACUUCCUGUCUGGAAGGAACACCAUCUCCUACGUUAGUUGUGGAGCUCAGCUCUUCCUCUUCAUGACUCUGGUGGGUGCAGAGUGCCUUCUGCUGGCGGUCAUGGCCUACGACCGCUAUGUGGCCAUCUGUCGCCCCCUCUCUUACUCAGUGCUCAUGCGCCCUGCCAUCUGCGCGCUCAUGGUGACCGGGACCUGGCUGAGCGCGCUCCUCAACGCCGCGGUCCACGUGGUAUACACGCUGACCCUCCCCUACUGUGCGUCUCGGGAGAUCCAGCACUUCUUCUGCGAGAUCCCCGCUCUCCUGACACUGGCUUGCGCGGACACAUCUCUUUAUGAGAAUGGUCUUUUUGUCAGUGGUGUCAUCUUCCUCCUUGUUCCCAUGUCUGCCAUCGUGGCCUCAUACGGGAAGAUCCUUUCCACUGUUUUGGGAUUAGGAUCUAACCUGGGGAUGAAAAAGGCUUUGGCAACCUGUUCUUCCCAUAUGAUCGUGGUCUCCCUCUUCUACGGCACAGCCAUCGCCAAGUAUUUUCUCCCCAAAGCCUAUCACACCGCGGAGCAGGACGAAGUGGUCUCUGUCUUCUACACGAUCCUCACGCCCAUGCUCAACCCUAUCAUCUACAGCCUCAGGAACGCGCAGGUGGCUGGAGCCCUCAGGAAACUCCUGGGAAGAUAGCUGUCUUUAAAACAUGACAUCUGUCAAGGAGAGGAUGGACAAGCAUGGCCCUCUGUUGCAGAAAGCUAUUGUGAUGCAGAGAUCGACAACAUACAACAAACAAACGCUGCACUUCUCUGCCCCCUUAGGACCACCCUUCACCUGCCUUAGCGACUGCUCAUGG